UAGGGUUUGUGUGGAAGAGAUUAGGGCUUUUCAUUCUCUCUCCCCCGCAGCAGCCGAAUUCUCUGAGAUUCUCCACGAAUUUGCUGUUCUGGAAGCUUUCGCCCCGGUGACGGAGCUAAUCAGGCCCGCCGGGGCGGGCGGAGUGAGAUUUCUAGCGCUUGGAAUCGGUGUCUUCUCUCCGUGGCAAGGAUUUUGUUGAGAUUUCAGAGAUUUCUCCCUUCUUUGGAUGGUUUUGGCCGCGACACAGACAUGGUUGUGAAUGCGCACCAUCACAGGCUUCUCUUGGAGCGGCGCGUGCCGCAGGAGGUACCGCGAUUGUCCCCGCACGAGCAGCCGCUGGGCGGAUUCAUCUUCUUUUGCAACGAUGAGACCAUGCCCGAAGACUUUGAGCGGUGCCUCUUCGGGCUGCCAAGGAGUUUCAUUGAUUCCGUCAAAGGCAUACGCAAAGGGUUGCCACUAUUUCUCUACAACUACAGUAACAGAUGCUUGCACGGAGUAUUUGAGGCAUCUAGUGAUGGUGGCUUGAAUAUCGAGCCGGAUGCUUGGAUCAACAAGGAUGCGAGGUCCGGAGUUGAUGUUUCCAGAUAUCCGGCGCAGGUUCGCGUGCGGAUUCGAGAAAAUCGGGCACCGCUUGAAGAGGAUGCCUUUCGGCCGGUACUCUUCCAUUAUGAAGCAAAGAAAUUCAGGCUAGAGCUGUCCAUGUCCGAGACAGCAGCGUUGCUCAAGCUUUUCAGCAACCAGAGGCUUGAAUCAUCCGAUGGCAGCGAGUGGGAGACAGUGCGCGGCAAGCCUCGGAUAAACUGGCCCAAGCCAGGCCCUGCGAGCUCUCCGCGAAAACGGAAUGGCUUCACAACGGGCACGAGCUUGAGUAGAGCAGAUCUCUCCCGGGCCUGGAGAUCUUCGUCGAACGGGGAGCAUUUGGCAGUGGAUAAUGUAGGUGGUGACGCGAUAAGGGACGAAGUUGCUGCAUGCACCAACAAAAUGGUGGGGGUGUUGGCGAGCGAAAGUGAUAGAGGAGAAGAUGGAGUGGAAUGCUCCACCUCCCGGGGUUCGUACGUAGCAGCUCUCAAGUCUGGGAUGCAACCUGGAGAAAGGGAGAGUGCUGCAGUUAAAAGCAACGGGAGCUCCAAGGUUCCUGCAGUGAAGCUGGAUGCUGCUGCUGCUGCUUCUCCAGCAGCGAUCAUGGGCCGGCUACACGAUCCGGAUCCCGCCGUCAACAGCGAGAUCACUGGCAAUGGUUUCACAGACGCGAAGUCGGAAGCUCCGGAGGGAAAGGCUCCAAAGCCGUGGAAGCAAAGGGACGAUGCCAGUAGCAACACCAACAACACCAACAACAGGAAGAAGCUGCCACUCAUACAGCUCCACUCGUUCACGACUUUGCCACACGUUCCGCUCCUGACACCGAUACGUUUCCACUCGCCGCCGCCGCCGCCGCCGCCGCCGCCGAUGAGCGAGAUGGAUGGCUUUUGGUAUCGCCCCGUCCAGAGGGAUCAAACUUACAUCCCUGGAGCUGCAUGGAGCGUCCCGGUUAUGCUCGUCCCUCCGGCGGCUUUCUCGCUGCCUUCGCCGGCGGUGGCGGCAAACGUGGACUCCAACUUUGGAGUGCUCCACGCCGAGAUCUUGGAGUUUGCUCGCACUGCGAGGCCGUCACCCGCGGCUCGAGCACGGGCCGAGGCCGCGGUGGAUUGCGUCCGACGGGGAGUGAAGCAGCUCUGGCCUGGAGCUGAUGUUGAGGUGUUUGGCUCGUUCGCAACAGGCCUGUGCCUUCCACAUAGCGACGUGGACGUCGUCGUUUUGGACACGCCAGCGCCUCCGGUUCUCGCAGACGGGGGCUACGGUGCGAGAGGUUUCCUCCCGCUCAUCCGCAGCCUCGCGGCCGAGUUCAAGGAGCACCACAGGUGGUGUAAGUCGCUGAUGACGAUCGAGACGGCCUCCAUGCCGGUGAUCAAGCUGUGCUGCGACCCUUUCCCGGACGUAGCUUCGGACGACGCUCCCCCGGUGGCCAUCGACGUAACUCUCGGUGGCAAGUCGCGGGGAGGCUCCAGGACUAGCAGCAGCAGCAGCAAGAAGAGGCCGGGAGCCAUCUCUCCGGCGAUUGUCCACAAUGGAGCCGCCGCGAGAGAGUACGUCCUCGACAAACUCCGCCAGCUCCCGGCGCUGGCUCCUCUGGUGCUCCUCAUGAAGUCCUUCCUGCAUUGCAAGGGAUUGAACAACGUCUACACUGGUGGCCUGGGCUCCUUCUCGCUCACGCUCUUGCUCGUCUUCUACCUCGAGCAGCAAGUGCCUGUGUCGUGGAGUGGCAAUAAAAACGGUGUUUCAGCACCUGCGAAUGCGAAUCAUCAUUCGGUGGCAUCGUCCGAGGUAUCCGACUCGGAGGACGACGAGACAAAUCUCACGGACUCGUCCGCGUCUACCACGGCGUCCGAGGACGGUUGUGUGUCCGCCGCGAGGCCUCCGUGUCAAGAGGAGGAGCUUAUUUCCCGGGCUUGGAGGAUUGUGGAUGACUUGCUAGUGUCACUCCAAGCUCCAGGUGCACCAAAUCUUGGCACGCUCUUGAUUGGGUUCCUUCACAUUUUUGGACAGGAAUUCGAUUUCUCAAGAGCAAAGAUCGUACUCAAGGGCUCGAAUGGUAGCUCUGGAGGGAUGUUUGCGCUGGAGCCGAGCUUCCAGCCAACGUCUUUGUGGAUUGACGAUCCAUUGAAGCCCGGCAUGAAUGUCGGGGCUGGAUCUUUUGCGAUGAGCAGCGUCCAGGCUGCUAUGCGGGACAUGCUGUUCGUCUUGGCCAAGCCUCAACAGGAUCAACACCAAGAUCAGCAGCAAGAAAACCACAAACUCCACCAACAAGAUAGAAGGCGUAAUUCUCCCUUGCCUCACCUUGACCAACUUUUCCAGGUGGUUUGAUUAUUCUAAAACAUCCAUGAAAAGGAAAAGCAAAAAAACAAACAAAAGAGAGAGAGAAAAAAAUGGUUACAGGAAAAUGUUCUACAAUGGUUUUUGACUUUCUUUGACUGUUAACUUUUUUAGAAUUUCUUUCA